UCAGGGAUAAACGCGUUAUUAAUAGCAGGAUGCCUUUAAUAUUAUGAUGAAAAAUACAUUGCAUACACCAAAUACAAAUUUAGAGGAGAUUGGGUUAUGUACACCACAAUCAAUUGAUGAGGUGAUACGGGUAGUUGAAAACGCAAUUCAAAUUGGACUUGAAGCGGAGCCUUUAUCAAAUAUUUUCGAUCCAUUGCCUAGUUAUGUUCCUUCACAAAAAAUAUCGAUGUUACCUCCGGCAUAUACACCGCCAUCACCGCCGCUUACGAUAAAAUGUUCGAAUUCCGCAUCAGUAUCAAGUGUUCCAUCAGAAGCCUUAACAUCUACGAAUUCAUUAGCUACAUUAUCGGAAAUUUUAAAUCAUUGGUGGACGACGGAAAAGAUAUAUAUAAUAGAGCUUUCUGUUUUUCAGGAAUUGCUUUUACGGGGAGCACUUAUGUCACAAUUAGAUUUAUCAUCGUUAGAAAUCAUAUCACGUUGUAUCAGUAUUUUUAUUACGGCUAGCAGCUCUAUUAUUAAUACGUUUGAAAUGUAUAUUCCGCAGCAUUUUCUUCAUAAAACAUUGAUGAAUACUAUUCCAAUGUUUACAGAUACGAUAUUAGAAUCAUUCGAAUUAUAUAUAUCGGUGUAUACAUUAAAGCUAGAUGAUCAAUUUUUAAGCCCGGAUAAUCAUAAAUGGUUAACUAUUGCAUUGUGCAAUUGCGGAAUUUUACAAUCUACAAGUACUAAAAAAUGUCAAUGGCUUUUAAGCAGUCCUUUACAUAGAGUAAAAGUAUAUACGCGGAUUUUUCGAAAAUUUCUUCGUGCUUUAGCAGAUACAGAUGAUGAAUUAAGUGAACAAUUUUCAUAUGCACAUCAAUGCUUCCAUUUAUUACUUUCCAAAGCACGAGGGCAUAUUAAAACUAUCAGGGAGGAAAUAGGAAAAACGCCUUCUGCACCUAAUAAUAUGGAUAUGCUACAUAAUUUAACCUGUAGUGUUCGUCAAGUUGAAAAAGAAUUGGAUGUUAGCAGAAUGAGGGAUUUAUUUACGCUUGAAUCAAAGAAAUAUAUCUUGAACCUUCAACCUCCUCAACUUCCAUUUGUUCGUUCUGUAAUUGCUCGAUCAAAUUUCUUUCUUAAGAUGGUUCACAGUAUUACGGGGGAGGUUAUUCAAAAAUACAUUGAACUUGUUCUUUUAACCGAUAUUGUAUUAUUUUUGGACAUAGAAAUUCCUAAAUUCAAAUUUCUUAUGUUCCAGCCUUUUCUAACCAGGAUAUUUAAAGUGAUUGAAACAGAUGAUGAGCAAACUUUUAUGCUUUCAAUUUAUGAACGCGAACAGAUGUAUUUGACCGCACUUAGCAAGAAACUCAAGAAACUAUGGAUAAAUUUGCUUUCAUCUAGUCGCGCAGUCCAAAAUACCGAUUAUUCAACAUUAAAACCAUCACCAAUAGAUGACCAUGUUGCUUCAAAAGAUAUGGGAAAAUCUCCUAUCAUUUCUGAUGAAAUGAAUAAUGGUUUGUCAUUUGAUUUAACACCAUAUAAAAAAAUACAUUUACCAUCACGAUCAUUAAAAUCUCAAAAUCAAGAUAAAUCCCAUACUAAAAAUCAAUUAUCUGUAGCAUCAGAAAAGGAGAAUCAUAUCAUCGAGAAUGCAGAAUCGAAGGGUAUCAAUACAAAAGAAAGUAAUUAUCAAUCAAUACCUGCAUGUCAACCACACCUCAAUGCGUAUAAUGUUAUUGCAACUCAUCAAAACAAAUCUGAGCCAAUUACUCCUAAAUCAGCAGAAUAUAUGCAAAAAACAACGUCUAGGCCUGCCGUUAAUCAAUCGAGUUUAAAUACGCAUUUAUUUCCUCAGCCUCCAGAUCGCACAUCAAAUGGCGUAUUUUCUUUUUCUGAUAAAAAUAACCGACCAAACAAUUAUUCAGGUUCAUAUUUAUUUUCAAGAGCGUCGAAAAUAAGACUCGAAACAUUACCAGAAGAAAAUGAAUCCUUCACAGAUAUUUCCAAAUCCCCAGAUAUUAAUAAUAGCAAAUCUAAUGAACAGGAAUCUUCGGAGCACAGUACAUGCUCUGCAGAGUCAAGGUCGGAUUCUAUUUCAGAAGCAACAACAUCAUAUGCUACUAAUGAAGAUAAUUCGAUUUCAUCAUCCAAGUCUUCUAAUUCAAAUGUGGAUUCAAAAGAAAAUGGAAUUAAGAAGUUAUCAUUAUCAUCUUAUAAAAAUGCUACGGCUCACUCAGUCACUGAUUCUGAUGCUUCUAUUUAUUCAAAAUCAACUCAAAGCUCAGGAAAAACCAAGACUGAAUCAGAUACGGCUUCAUCUGUAGGAGAACAAGCAUCCUCGGAUAAUGGUUUAAAUAAAUCUCAAACUUCAACAGUGCCACAACUUCCUAUGCCAGAUUUGGGAAGAAUAUCAUUGACUUCUAUGAUAUUUAACGAUUCCAUCUUAGGACUUUUGUAUUCAGAUCCUAAUGCAGCAGAAACAUCUGAAGCUUUAUCAAAUAAAAAUGGUUCGGGUCAUACUGAGAUCCUAUAUAGAAACAGUAAAUUAAUUAAUCAAUUACCUUCAUCGCUUUCAUCUGAAAAUAGUGAAAUACUAUUUUGCGAGAAGGCAGUUGUAUUCUUUUGGGAUUCUACAUUUUGGAGAAAUGUUUUCGAUAUUGAACAAAAAGUGUUCCUUAUAAUCAAAUAUACAUGCACAACGGAUAUGUUCACGUUAGAGAUUUGCAAUUUAUCUUCUCAAGAAGUUAUUGUUUGUGGAGAAUUACAAAGGUAUUCUACAAUAGUAAGACAGUCCAAACGAGAAGUAAGCAUAGCAUGUUUUAUACAAGAUCGAAUUUCAUAUAUUUUGUUGCAAUUUAAAAAUGAUAAUAAUGCAGAUCUUUUUUAUAUCGUUUCAUAUAGAAUCAUUAAUCGUGAUAAUCCUUGGGUAUUGCAAAUUUUUAAAAAUCAUGAGUCUAGAAAAAAUUAUGAACAUAAUUCCGAAAAUCCUCCAUUAAAUACGACAUCUGAGCCUGCGGAUUCUUCAAAGGUUUCUAAUAAAAAAGCCGGUUUGAUAUUGAACAAAAGUAAAGCAAAAGUGUUUGUUUAUACAGAUUCAGAACAAUGGAAGUACAUUGGUUCUGGCAUUCUUUGGAUUACAACGUUGAAUUCUGAUUCUAAGAAGAAUGUUUUGAUCGCUAAAAAAACUAAUCAGCCAAACAAAUCAUCAACCAUUUUAAAUGGCGUUGUUUCUAAAUCAGACUGUCAACAAUCUGGUAAAUCCAGUAUUUUUAUGAGAUGCUUUGACGAAUUGUCUAAUAAAACAAUAUCUUAUAUUAUAAAGGUAAAAAAUGAAAAACAAGCCAAGUCCAUUAUCAAUGUUUUAAAUACUUAAUUCAUUGUAUCAUAAAUUUUCAUUUUACCUUUUUUUAUUUAUUUUU